AUGGACUCGGUGACACUCUUCUGCACCGCCGGUCUCAUCGCUGGAGGUCUCUACUGGUUCAUCUGCGUCUUAGGACCAGCUGAACGAAAAGGCAAACGAGCCUCAGAUCUCUCCGGUGGCUCAAUCUCCGCAGAAAAAGUCAAAGAAAACUACAACCAAUACUGGUCUUUCUUCCGCAAACCUAAAGAACUCGAAACCUCCAAGAAUGUCCCUGACUUCGUCGACACGUUCUACAACCUCGUGACUGACAUUUACGAGUGGGGAUGGGGACAAUCUUUCCACUUCUCUCCUCAUAUCCCCGGAAAAUCCGACAAAGACGCCACAAGAAUCCAUGAAGAAAUGGCCGUUGACCUAAUCAAUGUCAAACCAGGACAAAAGAUCCUCGACGCAGGUUGUGGUGUCGGUGGUCCAAUGAGAGCCAUCGCGGCUCAUUCGAAAGCUAAAGUUGUUGGAAUCACCAUCAACGAGUACCAAGUGAAACGAGCAAAACUGCACAACAAGAAAGCAGGGUUAGACUCUUUAUGCGACGUCGUUUGUGGUAACUUCUUGGAGAUGCCCUUCGAUGAUAACACGUUCGAUGGUGCUUACUCCAUCGAAGCAACGUGUCAUGCACCUAAACUCGAAGAAGUUUACGCAGAGAUCUUUAGAGUGAUGAAACCAGGAUCUUUGUACGUAUCUUACGAGUGGGUUACUACAGAGAAAUACAGAGAGGGAGAUGAAGAACACGUGGAGGUUAUUCAAGGGAUAGAGAGAGGAGAUGCACUUCCAGGGCUGAGAAGAUAUUCAGACAUAGCUGAGACGGCGAAGAAAGUAGGGUUUGAGAUUUUGCAAGAGAAAGAUUUGGCUAAACCACCGGCUAAACCGUGGUGGAACCGGUUAAAGAUGGGUCGACUUGCUUAUUGGAGAAACCAUGUUGUGGUUGUGGUUUUGUCUGCUAUUGGGAUUGCACCUAAAGGAACAGUUGAUGUUCAUGACAUGUUGUUUAAGACUGCUGAUUAUUUGACUAGAGGUGGUGAGACUGGAAUCUUUACGCCGAUGCAUAUGAUUCUAUGUAGAAAACCAUCAGAGAAAGCUUCUGAAUGA